AUGUCCCCGACCCGAACCCUGAAGGUCCGCGUGACUCUUUUCUUCAUCCUGGCUGGCGUCGUCCUGGCCCUGGUCGCCGUGGUGACUGACCACUGGGCCGUCCUGAGCCCCCACGUGGAGCACGGCAAUGACACCUGCGAGAUGGCCCACUUUGGCCUCUGGCGGAUCUGCACCAAGCGCCUCAUCCUGGGUGCCAGCGGGGACAAGAGCUGCAGAGCCUUCACCCUGUCGGGGGAGAAAAACUGCUCCUACUUCAGGCAUUUUAACCCUGGAGAGAGCUCGGAGAUCUUCCAUAUCACCACUCAGAAAGAGUACAGCAUCUCGGCGGCCGCCAUCUCGGUAAUCAGCCUCGGCUUCGUGGUCCUGGCCACUAUCUGCCUCCUCCUGUCCUUUGGGAAGAAGAGGGACUACUUGCUGAGGCCCGCGGCCAUGUUCUACGCCUUCGCAGGUCUCUGCAUCCUGGUCUCGGUGGAGGUGAUGCGGCAGUCGGUGAAGCGCAUGAUCGACAGCGAGGAGACUGCCUGGAUCGAGUACUUUUACUCCUGGUCCUUCGCGUGCGCCUGCGCCGCCUUCGUCCUUCUCUUCCCGGGCAGCCUGGCCCUGCUGCUCUUCUCCCUGCCGCGAAUGCCGCAGCACCCCUGGGAGUCCUGCAUGGACGCCGAGCCCGAGCACUAGC